GCCGCCAGCUCCGACUCCCUCCCGUUGGGGAAGAUUGAACGGGCUGUAACGGCAGGUGUGCGGGCUGAGGCUCCGCUUUAAACUGCUGUUCUGUCGUAAACACCAUUAAUGAGGAGUCAAGAGGUGGCGGCCACGGGUUUCAGACCGGAAGUCCGGAAGUUGAAGAAAAGAAAGCGGCUUCAUUUGUGGCGGGCUGAUUCAAAACAUAACAAAAUGGAGUUAUUGUCUGCGCUGCAUUUUCUGAAGAUAUAUGAUAUCCCAGAAGCUUGGGUGGAUGCCGUUUGGGAUUUGGAGUUCACGGAGAGAAAACCUUUGGAUGAAACCAUAGAAGAAGAAUUAACAGCCAUUGGAGACAAAGCCUUGAGAAGCCUGUACCAGUGUUUACUGGACCACACUGCUGACCAGCACCGGUCUUCAAAUAACUAUGAAGCUUCACAGAGUAUCUGGGCCGUUCUGGGGGAGAAUGGAUUGUCAGUCAAGUCCCUGGUGGCUGCGUUGUCCUUUUUUGUCCUGGCAGGAAAAAACAAAACCGCUAGUGUCCAGCAAAGAGUGAGCGGCUUGCACGCUGCCUCUGUCUACCUGCUGCUCCUGGGAAUUCCAGGCAGCAUCGCCAAUAAAGCUUUUCAUGAGGUUUUGUUUGAGAUCUGCUCAGACAUGACUUCCCGCUGCUGGCCUCAGGACACUGGAAAGAAGCGCAAAAAGGACGCACUCAAGAGCUCUCAGACGGAGGGAAAACGCUCCAAACCUCAGCGGAAAGACCCAGCAGAGAUGGAAGUGGACGAGGCAGAUGAAGAGGACGUGGAAAAAGGACAUCAUUUCUCGGGUCAGGACUUGUUGAAGAUCAGAGAUGCAGUUGUUCUUCUGGUUCAGAGCCUUCUCAGACUCCUGCAAAUGUUUCCACUUAAAGACAAACCACAAAGUGCUAGCAACCUCACACAGAUUUUUAGUAAGCUGCUUUACUUUGAGCCAACUGUUGGAGAGCUAACCUUUGCUGCAGUACAAGAUAUCACCAAGCUGAGGAGUGUUCCAGAGAUGGCUUUUUAUGGUCUGCAGGUUCUCUGCUCAACAAAACAUGGAGACCAGAAAGAAUCCCUGAGGAGGGUUUUCCACCGACUUCUCUAUGUGAUCCUGAUGAUGAAUAAAGGCAACAGAGGAAAGCCUGCCCUCCUCGUACCUAACCAGUCUGUUCUCGCCACACGUGACCAGGCCAUCCAUUUUGUCUGUUAUCUUGUGGCUGAGCUGAAGGAGCUGGCGCUGCCUUUACUGCAAAUCCUCCUGCAGCAUAUUUGCUUUCAGAUGGUGGAGAAAUGUGAGUUUCGGAGCCACGGUGCCCAGGCUGUGGGGAUGCUGACAUCUCCGAUGACAAGCUCAGAUUAUGCCUGCUUCAUUAAGUGGCUGUUCAACUUCUCCCGACACACAAAAAUGGUGCCUCGGCUGUUCUCCGUGGAUGUGGUAAUGGUUUUGCUGGAGCAGCCAGAGCGGGUUCCAGAUGAGUGUCUGGACCCAGAGCUUUCCUGCUUCCUAUCACACAAGUUUCUCAUUCAAAAUGUGCUUUUCGCUCGGCGCAUGGACGAGUCGCCGACAGUCCAAGGACACGCCUUCGCCUGCCUGGCUCAGUGUCUGGAGCUGCCUUCCCACAACGUCACACGGGCCGUCCACAACCUCUUCUCUGCCACUGGAACCCUGACACAACUGGAGGGGGAGAUCACAGGAGGAAGUCUCAGUUCCCAGCAGACCCAGACCUACAGUACUCUGCCUUUUAGGACUGUAGAGAUCACCACCACAAUCGGCUCAGGAUGCGAUGCAAAGGAGAACCUGACUCUUCUCUUGCGACGUGUAAAAGACUCAAAAACAAACGUGAGGAAGGCUGCACUGCAGGCCCUGCUGGGUCUCCUUAAACACAGCGUGAUCGGCAUGAGCUGGGAGAACCUGUCUGUGCUGUCAGACCGCUGCAGGGACUCGGCUGUGUCCGUGAAGAAGAAGGCCCUUCAGUGCAUGGCAGAACUGCUGGCUGCUAAACCAGAGAACAGUGUGGUGCAGAAGGCCUGGCUGUACGCUGUGAUGCCGGCUGUGGUGGACUCUGAGGCUUCUGUGCAGGACAAGGCCCUGGAGGCUCUGGAUCAGGUGCUGCUCAGCCACGUCAAAUUAUACUCUGCCAGUCGCCACCUGGACACCAGUCAAAGGCUGACCUGGGACCUGCUGAGCCUUCUAUGUCACGAGUGUCAGAACCUGAGACAAUAUUUCAAUAGGGCCUUCACCAUUUGGUCCAAACAGAACAAAUUCACACCAACAUUCAUCAAUAACCUGGUCUCCCACACUGAAGCUGAACAUGCUGCUGGGGCAUGGCUGCUGCUCUCUAAGGUUGUAGCCUCAUCUCCCAGGUUGGCCUAUGGCAAGAUCCUGGAUGCCUGGGACCAGAUGAUCUGUUCAAAGGACAUUAGUGUUCCAACCUGCUGUCACAUCCUCAGUGUGAUGGGAGACAUCGCUGUACAUUUGAAUGAAGAUACCAUAGGGAGGAUAGUUAGUGACUUGAUGUCUUGGCUGAAGACCUUUACAUUGUCAUUGGAGAUCAUUAGUGCUGCUAUAGAGACUCUUUACCUGCUCGGCCGCAGUGACGACAUCAAACAGACUCAGGCUUUUCUGAACCAACACUGUGGAGAGCUGGUUUCAGUCUGUGAGACUUACUUAGCUUCCUUAAUCCUGAGCAAAAAUGGAAGCCAGAACGCAAACGAGGAGCUGAUGGUCAAACACCUCCACACUCUAGGUGUGGCGUCACUUCACUGUCCCUCAAAGGUCAGCAAAAGAACAGUGCUGCUAGUGGAGUCUGUUUUCACAACACACUGUGACAAACCUGCAGAUUGCCAAGAGGAGCUUCCUGCCUCACUGCCUCUGUCCCAGUUCAAAACAAACUCUCUGCCCACCAAAGUCAGAGCACAUGGAGUUAUAACAUUAGCUAAACUGUGUCUGCAGCAUGAGGAGCUGGUCCAGAAGUACCUGCCAGUGUUUGCCAGGGAGCUGGAGGUGGGCUCACAGGUUGCCGUACGUAACAAUGUGGUGGUCAUUAUGUGUGAUCUGUGUGUUCGAUACACCAACAUUGUGGAUUACUACAUCCCCAACAUCUCUGCGUGUCUGCGAGACAGCGAGGCUGUUAUUAGAGAGCAGACUCUAAUUAUGCUGACCAACCUGCUCCAGGAGGAAUUUGUCAAAUGGAAGGGCUCCCUCUUCUUUCGGUUCAUGGUGGUGCUGGUAGACCCAGUUCCUGCCAUUGCCAGCCUGUGUGAAUACUGUCUGCUUCACGGGCUGCUGAAGAAGAACCCAGAAAUGUUUAGCCAGCACUUCAUUGAGUGCAUCUUUCACUUCAACUCCUACAACCAACAUAAAUCCUUCAACAAGUUCCCUCAAAGUGACCGAGAAAACGUUCGCUUCUCCCUCAAAGGAGCCCAGAAUCGCGAGAAGCGCUUCCGCAUCUACCGCUUCCUGUUGGAGAACUUCACAGACGCCCAGCGCUUCAACAUCAUCAACAAAAUCAACCAGACGGUCUUAGCAUGCUUUGCAGAUGAAGAAUUGCCUCUAGAUGCAGACGGGGCUGAAAUCUUGUCAGAGACCUUCAACGUCUUGAGUCUGAAGGAGAUGAAGCUGCGGGCCGUAAGUGCUACCACUGCAGAGGAAGAACCGGAGGAGGAGAACAUGGCCAACAUGGCGAAAGCAGUUCUGCAGGUGGCGCAGAAGAAGGUUGUGUCCCAGGUUCAGAAGAAAGCCUUUAUAGACAACACAGUUCCCUUGAUCAUCAGCCUGAAGAAUCUGCUCGAGCAGAAACGCUCUCCCGCUCUCAGAGAUCUCAUGGCCUACCUCCAGGUCACCAUGCAGGACUACCGUAAUGAGGUGAAGGAGUUCUUUUCUGGAGAUGAGCAGCUGGCAGCUGAGGUGGAGUUCGCUCUGAAUGAGGCUGAGAAGCACAAAGAGAUGGAGGAACAGAUGGAUAACUGCAGCCUAGCAGGAGAUGCCAAGAUCAGCGCACAGGGUUCAGCUGGAAACGCUCCUGUAAGUUCCAGGCUCCUCCUCCCAUUUGCCUUUGCCACUCCACAGCCACAGUGUCCUAACCCUCAGUCUGCCAGGCUGCUGCACACUGAAAGGCGUGGAGGCAGGUCCGUGCAGGAGGAUCCCGUCCAGUCUAAGACCAUAACCCUGGAGAGAACAGUGAUUCCUAAAGAAGCUGUAAACUACAGAGCCAUCAGUACGCCCAAAGGUGUCGGUGUGAACCUAACCUUUGAGGAAGGACUCAGCGAGAUCAUGAGUGACCAAGGUCCAAGUCUAAUUGGACAGAGCAGUUUCCUUCAUCUACAUUCAGAUGAGCAUCAGGCCCCUGUACCAAGGCAGUGGAAUGUGCAGUCUCCUCUUCGCCACAAGAGAAAAUCCAAAGUUUAGGAAUCAUGUCUAAAAUGUUGUUAAAUGUUAAAAUGUACAAUUUACUAAUGUUCGCUGUUUGUGUUGUAGGUGUUUGAUGAUGUCUUUGAAUCUGUGGUUUUACCAUGGAGAAAACCAUGUUUUCUAUACUAACAUGUGCUGUGUUACAUUAAGGAAGCUCUAAUAAAGUUUGUUUUCGUA